AUAUUUCGAGACUGACAUUUGUGAAUAUAUUAAUUUGAAGAGUGAAUUCUGAAUAGCCUACAUUGUACUGCGAAAACUGGAGACAUAUCAUGUCAACGUUGUCUGUAAGAGGCAACCCUUUAGGGGAGAGUUCGAAAGAGAAUCGCCCCGCCAAAAGUGGCAAGGCAGGCACCUCGAAACGGUCUGUCUUGGGAAAUGUGACUAACCAGGUGCGAAUUCAGCCUGUGAGAGCUGCCAAAGAUAAGCACUCAGUUCUUCAGGCAUCAAAAUCUGGAGCUGGUGGUCAGGAGAAUGUGGGUUGUGGAGCCCAGAAAAAAGCAUGCUCUGGGGGACUUUCCUCAUUUUCCAUUUUCCAAGAUGUCGCUGUUGUGCAGCCGAGGCCUGUUGCUGCAGCCAGGGUCCCACCAAUUGUGCACGAGGAGCCUAUGAAUGAUCAGGAAAAUUUCAUUCCUGAACAAGACCCACACCUGAAUGAGGCCGUCAUGGGUCUGAAUGGAGGCGGUGCCCUACAGCACUUAGCCCCAUUGGCUCCUCUUCAGGUCAACUUGGAACCUUUGGACGAUUCACCGAUGGUGGUUGAUUCUCCGCGAGAAGUGAAGAGCCUUGACAGACAGGAUGACUUUGGUCUUGGUCCCUACUAUGAUGACAUUUACAAGUACUUGAGGUCAAUUGAGUCUACAAGUCGACCUGGAAAGAAUUACAUGAGUCGUCAGACGGAUGUGACCACCUCAAUGAGGAACAUCCUUGUGGACUGGCUUGUGGAGGUUGGAGAGGAGUACAAGCUAAAUCGCGAGACUCUGUUUCUGGCCAUCUCCUACAUCGACAAAUUCCUCAGCAUCGUUGGUGUGCAGAGACCCAAGCUGCAGCUGGUGGGCACGGCGAGCAUGUUCAUUGCUGCGAAAUAUGAGGAAAUCUACCCCCCAGAUGUAGGAGAGUUUGUGUACAUCACUGAUGACACCUACACAAAGGCCCAGGUUUUGAAGAUGGAGAGUGUGAUUCUGAAACUGCUUGACUUCAAAGUGGCCUUCCCCACCAUCAACUGGUUCUGUGAACAUUUCCUGGAACUGUUGGACAUGGAUGAGAGGGGCAAACAUCUUGCUUUCUUUUUGACGGAGCUGUCCCUCAUUGAGAUGGAGGGAUUCGUCCAGUUUCCCCCGAGCAUGAUCGCUGCAUCGGCAAUUGUCCUGGCGCGCUGCACCCUUGGGUUGUCAGAGCCAUGGCCCACAAAGCUGGCAUGCGCGAGCCGCUACUCUGUCAUGGAUCUACACAGCUGUGUCUUUAGUCUGUACAGACUGCACACGAAAGCCAGGGAGCUGCCCCAACAGGCCGUCGUUGAGAAGUACAAACAGCUCAAAUACAGCCAGGUCUCUCUGCUGACUCCCCCAGCUCUCCUGAACCUUGAAUAGACCAGUCGUCUUUCAAAACGCGUCCGUUUAUGAGGAAAAGAAUAAUGGACUGCAGAAGUAUUUGUUUUGAACUGGAGUUGACUUGGAUAGCAGUGCGAAGGCGGCAUUUUGUGAAGACGGCAGGAUUAACCUUCAUGGAUGUCCUUCAUGUGAUGGAAGUGGAUUUUCGUUAGUUUCAGGUGACUUCCACUGUGUAAAUUUGACCGGUGUAUUUUGAAAAAAUUUUGGCUUUUACUUAGAAAGUGAAGGAAAAAAAUGUUCAAAUUUAAGAUAUUGGGGGGGGCUCAAGAAUGUUUGUUGACCAAAUUUUAUGAUCUCAUGCCUAUUCAUUCAUUUUGAUUGUUGGAAAAACCUUGUUGGUGUCUUGCUAAAUGAUGUAUUGUUCUAGGUUAUGAUUUUCACUGCCAUUGCACAUGAGAGGAUGAACAGUGCUGUGUUCUUAAGAGGGGCACACUGAUGUUCCUUUAUUAAGGGUAUCAAUAGGCCACUUUGUGAGAAUGUUGUGUUGUGUGACUUCUGUGGGCAGUGGUGUUGUGGUUAUGACUUGGGCCCUGAGGGGAUUGAUGCGAUGCGUCAGGUUGUGGGAGCAGCAACAAAUUGUUGGUAGAAUUUAGUUUAGCACCCUUCCUUUCCCAUCCUGAACAAUGUGUUGCUUUUCUUGAAAUGUUACAUGGGUGCUACUAUGCAAAUGAACUUCAGCUCAAAUACAAGUACAAAAUUAUUAUUUUUUGUAUCAUAUAAUCUUUUAGUAUGUAUAUUUUUAAACAUGUGCCUUUCUGCCUCAGUGGCGUGAACAGAACUAAUUGUUCUUAAAAAGCUCUGUUCCCUUCAACGGGGCUUAAUGAGUGAAGUUGAUGCUUUGAAAAUUCCUGCACUGAAUAUGUUGACGCAUCUAUAAAGCUCUUUGGCUUUUCUUUAUUGACGAGCAGGCUUCUGAAAUCUCAUGAAGUUUCUGGAUUUGACUUUUGUCAGUCUUGAGAAUUUCAGACUUAUUUUGCCAGUGAAGAAGUGAAUUGGGAGUUUGUGGGUGAUUUGUUUUAGACAUAUUUUACUGCAUUAAGUCUUUCUAACUUGCAUUUUCUACACCAAGGCUUUUAAUAUGUAAAAAAAAGAAAAAAACCAAAAAUAAAUGUAUGUGGAGUUGCAUGCUAGAUAUUGUAAUAUGUGAAUCUCUAUUAUGUCUGUACAGUGUAAAGUGAGAAUACUGAAUACAUAAAUGUACCUUUUAUUUUGCUAAUAUCUGAAGCCUUCUGUGCAUAGCCAAAUUCAUUCCGUAGUCAUCAAUCAGGUGCUCAAAAUUUUUCUCCUCCCCUCUUUUACAAACAUUAGAAACUUUGCAUUUCACUUUGGAAGAUUUUCUAGAUUUAACUUUGAAAACUAGGCUUAUACUGAGGUUUAAAGUGUAUAGUAGGUGUGGUAAAAUGAAGGUUGGCUUAGCAUUGAAAAAAUUUGUGGGAGGUGGCGCAUUUUGGUUUUAUUAGGUUUGAUUAGUAUUUGUUCAUACGUAUAGAAAAAUCUUCCCGUUCGCUUCGAGCUUUCAAAACUCUAGUCCCAUUGUUAUAUUUUCCUUCAUUUACUUUGCAAAGUAUACUGUUUUUAAUCAGUUGUUUUGGUUGUUUUAGCCCUUAAUUGUAAUACUGCCAUUUGCACAAAUCCUGUGCACUAGUCGUCCUUGAAGAUUUAAAAAUGCUGUCUUUCCUGAAGCUACGCUCUAAAAUUAAACUUUUAAGGUUUCAAUGAACAAUAUUAGUGGUUCUAUUUUCUAACAGCUUAAAAUCCUUGAUCUUUUUUUUAAAAAAACAUACCAUCAUCCUGUAGAUGCCAUACACAUUUUGUGGGUUAGUGGUGAUCCUUUCGGUUUUCUGGCAGCAAUUUUACAGACAUCUGAAACAUCUCUUAAUCUUUUCUCUGCAUUUUCAAUUUCUCAUUACCUUGGCAUGAUUGAUUAGACCGGAGUGGUUUGGUUCAGCAUUAUACCCUGUUUGCCCUCGAGGGUGAGCUUCAGAUUAAGUAUGUGAAAUGUUGAAUUGUGCAGGAUCAUGCAGCUGUUGACAUGUCCAUUUUGUUUUCCAGCCUUAGUAGAAGCUCAUUAUCUUUUGGAAACUUUUACUGUAUGUGUGCGCUGGCCUACAAUAUGCUGAUUCGGCUGUUGUAAGGUUUCUUAUUCAGACAUUAAAUUGAUUUUUAAACAAAAAUGCCCAAAAAUA